UCGGCGGCAGCGACGCAGCCAGGGCUGCGGGCAGCCAAUCCGCGCGCCGCUUAGUGACCGCAGGGGAGGCGAGCAGCAAGAUGGCCGCACCGGGAGAGGCAGCGGCAGCGGCCGCGGCCAUGGCGGCUCCCUCACAGCCCGAGGUGGCCGUGGGCUCGGCCGCCUCCGCUGUGGCGCUGCCGGGGCGGCUGCAGCGGCGGGAAGCGGAGCGGCAACAGGGUGUGGAGCGGCAGCGGCAGAAGAAGGAGGCGCAGGUAGUGAAGGAGGAGCAGAGCGAGUUCUUCCUGGCCGCCUUCGCCAGGGAGCGGGAGGCCGUGGAGGCUUUGCUGGCGGCGGGGACGCUGGAGGAGGCGGCCGCCCGCCUGCAGGCGCUGCAGAAGCUGCUGACGGACAGCGUGCGGUUCCUGGCGCCCUACGAGGUGCGGCAGGGGCAGGAGACCGUGGCGCGGCUGCAGGGGGACCUGGCGGCGCGGCGGCAGCAGCUGCAGCCCAAGAAGAAAUUCGCCUUCCGCGCCCUCAAGAAAGAAACGGCUCCGGGCAGCGCCCCGCGCCCCGCCGAGCCCGCCCCGCCGGGCCCCGCCGCGCCCGGCCCCGGUCUCGCCGAGGGUGAAUCGGGCGGGCCGCCGCUGUGUGGGUUCAGCGGCGCCCAGGACGAGGAGCUGGAGCUCGGCCCCGCGGAGCUGCUGCAGCGGGACGUGCUGCUGUCGGAGCUGCGCGGCUGCCGGGUGCGGCUCCGCGGCAACCCCAACACGCUGCGGGUGCGCGACUGCCGCGGCUGCACCGUGCUCUGCGGGCCUGUGUCCACCUCCGUGCUGGUGGACGGCUGCAGCGACUGCCUGCUGGCGCUGGCCUGCCAGCAGCUCCGCACCCACCGCACCCGCGACUGCCGGGUCUACCUGCAAGUCACCAGCCGGGCCGUCAUCGAGGCCUGCUCUGAGGUCUCCUUCGCCCCCUACUCCUGGAGCUACCCUGGUAUCGAGCGAGAUUUCGAGACGUCUGGGCUGGACAAAAACAGUAACAACUGGAACCUGGUGGAUGACUUUGACUGGUUGGCGACUGACAGACCUUCACCCAACUGGAGCCUGAUCCCCGAGCAGGAAAGAAUCACUUGCUGGGACUGACUGCGGAGGCAGCUCUGCUGUGCGAGAGAUGCACGUGUAAACGCACUGAUAAAUUGUAAACUGUGGGACUUAAUCCCCGAUAUGCCAUUAAAUGAUUCCAUUCGGUAUUCAGAUUUUGAAUUAUAUGUGGCUAGAUUUCUUAAAUGGAGAAUACUAGUCAAACAGAGUUUACUGUUCUUGCACAAGUUGCUGCUAUAAUCUGUCUCACUGUGGGAUUUGCCAAUUUCUGAAGUACCUCAUUGUGAGUUUUAACUUACGAAGGUGGGGCAAAGGCCACUGAUACACAAACAAUAGUGUAAUGGCCUCUGUUAGAGCUGUUUUCACUCACCCGGACAGACACUGAAUUAGCUGCAAGUAGUGCAAACUGCACUGGAAUGAAAAGAUCAAAUACCAAAUUUUCCAUGUAUUUGUGGCUCUUACGUUGCUGACAGCAGCACAGUGCAUCUUAGGGGGAGUGCAGAGCAGUACUGCUGUAAGGAAGUAGGGCAGAAAAAAGUUAAUUUAAAGGAAGAGUUUGUAACUUCACAGUGCAGCAGACUGAGAUGCAUCCUAGGCUAUGAUACCAUGAUGAGCCAGUUUCUGUUGAUUCUGGUUAAAUCUGUAAGUUGGCUUUAGGUUUUUAUUUCAAGUGAGAUAAGGCUGAAGGAAAAAGGUGUUCUAAUAAACAUCUCAUGCUCUCCUAAUAUACUGAUUACUUGAAAUUAAGAGACCUCUGGAGUCUGUAUAAAUACUAAAGCCUCACAGUCUGUAAGUGCUAUGUGAAAGGAUGCUGCUUCUGUAAGAAUCUCGGGGGCAUCCAGCAAGUGCUGAUGAACACUGGUUGAUGAAACUGGGUUAUCUGUUCCUCUGCAAGCUGAAGCUUCAGGGGAGAGGUGUUCAGGGAUGUCCCACUAGUUUUCCAGACAACGGGCUUUGUGUGCUGUGAUCCUAAUUUGCAGCACUCUGCUGCUGCUUAAGUGCAGUGUUGAUGGAGAGAGUCAAUAAAACUGAAAGAUGAGGUACUAUAUUCCAAUUCCAAAUUUGCAUGUUAUCUUGCAUAAAGUGCAGAAUAAUUUAAGUCUCUUCACUCCUGCUAAAUAAUAAAAAAAAGUAGCAGCACUGUGGAAUGAAGCAUCUUUACAGUGCCCUACAGUGGUGCUGAAAUGACCACUGUCCAUAUAUAAGGUAUACAUAGCAGUUUUAGGUUUCCAAAAGCACUCCUUAACUUGUGACAUUUUUCAAUAAAUGUUUAUCUUGCCUUAGCAUAAAGCUUUAUUUUAAAACUUCUAAUUGUGCAGCCAUCAUCUAUGUGCCUCUAACAGACACCAAAUCCUAGAUGAACCAUCAAAAACUGCACCACUGCCAGAAGUACCUGAAACUUCACUUAGGUGCUUGACUGGUUUUGAGCAGAAAAUGUUUUUCUGUAAGUUGUUUUCAGCAUAUUUAAUUUAAAGGUGGGGGGCAAAAGGGAAUUUUUUUUUUAUAUUCCUGACAACUUUCAGUUUUGUUUACUUCUUUUAAUGUAUAUUUUUUGACUGAAUUGGAUUUUGCAUUUCAAAUACAUUUGAUUUGAAUUA